AUGACACUUGCUAGCCGCGCCACCAUCCCCGCCGCCGCCGCCGCCGCCGCCGCCGUCGCGCCCAUGCAUCACCGCUCCCUCUCCCGCCGGCUCCAAUCCGCUCCGGCACUGGGAUUAUCCCGCGGCGCGAUUGGCCAAUCGGGAGCCGCGGCGACGCGUCGUCGGGGCAUGCUCGGGACGAUCGUGGUGAACAACGAGACGAUUCUCCUGGUGCCGGAUCGAACGGCCAGGAGAGACCCGAUGAACGGGCUGCGCCCGUACACUGGAGGAUGGAACCCCGCCGACCAACACUACUGGGCGUCGGUGGGGAUGACGGCGUCGUUCGGGCCGAUAGUGGGCGUGGCGUGGCUGCUGCUGGGGGUGGCUAUAGCCGCGGGCAUCUGCUGCACGUGCUGCUGCUGCCACGAGCGCUGGACCCGCAUGCGCAGCGACGACUUCCGCCCCUACGACAAGCGCGACCUCACUCUCCCGCUGCUCGUCAUGAUCCUUGCCAUACUCGCGCUCCUCGCGGGCCUCGCAGUGAUGCUAGCGGGGGGCAUCAUGUUCCGCAACAACAUGCACGCCAUAACGGACUACGCCAUGGAUCAGGUCGACCGCGCCACUGCCAUUGUCACCAACGUCUCCACGGCCGUUGCUGCGCUCUCCCACACGCACGUCGCCGACGCUGCGCUUCCCUCCAACGCGACCACGAGGGUGUCGCGCCUAGCAUUGGAUGUGAACGGGACGGCAGUGGAGCUGCAGGGACUGAUGGACAAGGGCACUGUCCUCGUGAACGCGUCCGUGCUGCUCAUUUAUCGCUUCAUGUUCGGAGUGGGUAUGACCAUUGUCUUGCUCUGCAUUCUCGGAUUCGUGUUUGCUCUAUGCCGCACAGUGGCUGUAACAAACAUCAUCCUCGUGUUCCUCUGGAUCAUGGUCGUGUGGGCCUGGGUCGCCACUGGCAUAUUCUACGCCACCUACCUUGUGGAGGGCGACUCAGUGGCAGCGCUAGCGCAGGUCAUGCACAACCCCAGCGUCAACAGCGCCAUGAGCCAGUACCUGCCGUGCGCCAAGCAGGCGCAGAUGCAGGCCGUGGUCACCAUUGCCCACUCCGCCAUCUUCACCUCGCAGACCUUCAUCAAGAAUGAACUGGAAAAGGGGUACCCUCAGGGCCUGCAAGCAGCAGGGGCAACGGCAGUGUGUGUGCCGUACGCCCCUCCCCAGUACAACCAGAAUGUCUCCAUCUGCAAGCCAGGCUCCCUCACACUCUCGCAGAUUUUCCAGAAACUGAAUCAGUCAGGGAGCGCAGGGAGCGCAGGCAUGCCAGAGGAGGUAUUAUCAGACAUGAGUGCAUUGCUGGUCAGCACAGACCGCUUGGAGAGUGCCAUUGAGGGCAUCAAGACCAUCAUUGACUGUGCCUAUGUCAAGAACGUUGCCCAGUUCAUAAUAGACCAAGCGUUCAAGCUGGAGAGCAACUUGCACCUGCUGUGGUUCAUCAUAGACCUAGCGUUGAAGCUGGAGAGCAACCUGCGGCUGCUGUGGAUCGGGUUCCUCAUCAUCGGCCUAGCCUGCAUGCUCUUCUGUGCAGCCAUGCCCACCUAUGCCUUCCGCGCUGCACGCCUUACUCCUCCGGGGAAGGCCGACGGCCUCUAUGUGGCACAGUCUGUGCCUGAACAGAGUCCCUACCCUGUGGAAUAA